GAAAUUAUGUCUGGACGAGGCAAAGGAGGGAAAGUGAAGGGAAAAGCAAAGAGCCGCUCCAACCGUGCUGGUCUUCAAUUCCCUGUGGGACGUAUUCAUCGUCUCCUCCGUAAAGGAAAUUAUGCUGAGCGUGUGGGUGCCGGGGCCCCUGUGUAUUUGGCUGCUGUUAUGGAAUACUUGGCGGCUGAGGUUCUAGAACUGGCAGGCAAUGCUGCCCGUGACAACAAGAAGACCCGCAUCAUCCCCCGUCACUUGCAAUUGGCCAUCCGUAAUGACGAAGAAUUGAACAAGCUUUUGUCAGGUGUGACCAUUGCCCAAGGUGGUGUGCUUCCCAACAUCCAAGCCGUACUUCUCCCCAAGAAGACCGAGAAGAAGGCUUAAGGAGUUUUGUGUUGUCGAGUCACUUACAAACAGGCCCUUUUCAGGGCCAAAAUGCCCAUUCCAAAGAGAGGAUAGGGAGACCAUGCCUGGGAUUAGCGAUCAUUUGCCUUCACAUCUCUAUAUGAGAUUCAGCACUAGUGUGGGAUCUUGAGCCAUCGUAUUUUUUAAAAUUUAAGCUGAA